GUCGUGAGUACAAAGGUGAUUUCGUGAUGUCUGUCGGAUUUGUGAGUAAUAUGAUAUAAAUGGAAAAAUACGAGAAUCUCGGACUGGUCGGAGAAGGUAGUUAUGGAAUGGUCAUAAAGUGCAAAAAUAAGGAAUCUGGAAGGAUUGUGGCAAUUAAAAAAUUCAUUGAUAGCGAGGACGACAAACAUGUUAAAAAAAUAGCACUUCGUGAAAUAAGGAUGUUAAAACAACUGCGUCAUGAUAACUUGGUCAACCUUUUAGAAGUUUUCAGGCGAAAGAAACGGUUAUACCUUGUUUUUGAAUUUGUGGAUAAUACCAUACUGGAUGACUUGGAAAAAUAUCCUAAUGGAAUAGAUGAACUGCGCACAAAGCGCACCUUAUUUCAAGUGAUUCGUGGAGUUGAAUUUUGUCAUCUACAUAAUAUAGUUCAUCGUGAUAUCAAACCUGAGAAUAUUCUCAUCAGCCGUAAUGGUGUAGUUAAAUUAUGUGAUUUUGGUUUUGCUCGAACACUUGCUGCACCCGGUGAAGUUUACACAGAUUAUGUCGCCACCAGGUGGUACAGAGCACCAGAACUUCUAGUUGGAGAUACGAAAUAUGGCAGACCGAUUGACGUUUGGGCUAUUGGUUGCCUUGCUUCAGAAAUGUUAACAGGUGAUCCUUUGUUCCCUGGUGAUUCUGAUAUUGAUCAGUUGCAUAGAAUAGUACGCUGUCUUGGUAACUUGAGCGAAAAAUAUCAGAGUAUAUUUCAUCGAAAUCCACUUUUUGUUGGAAUGAGAGUCCCGUUUGCAAGAGAACUUGAUCCAUUGGAGAAACGACUAGCUAAAGUUUCCAAACUAACUCUUGGAUUUAUAAAGAGUUGCCUUCGAAUAGAUGCUAACGAUCGACCGACAUCGUCUGCUCUCUUACGAAGUGAAUAUUUCACUCGUGAAAAUUUCGCAUCUAUAUUCUUGGAAGAAUUAAAAACAUUAAUUAAAAAUGAAACAGAUUCAAAUAUACCUUCAUCCCUUACGAAUACUACUAGUGACAAUAAUACUGGUAAUAUAAGUGACAGUAAUAAUAAUAAUCAAAUCACAAUUAAAAAUGAUCAACCUUGUCAAAUCAAUAUUAAUAAUAAUAAUGAUAACAAUAACUCUGUAGAGUCGAAAGUUUCUAAUAUAACCACAGCAACGACAACAUCAAUGACAACUACAACCACUAAUACUACUAAUAAUAGUACUACUACUACUACUACUACUACUACUACUACUACCACAACUACUACUACCGUUAAACUUUUCUUGUCAGAUAUAAUGAAUCUAAAAAAACAGAAUAAAGAUCGAUUUAUAACUACAGAUUAUGUUGAUAUGCCAUUAACAUCACAAACUGGUCAACAGAAUAGUGAAAUUAAAGAACAAAAUAAAUCAUCUAAAACUUCUAACAAUACUUCUAAUGGCAUUUCACCUAAUACUAAACUUACUCAACUAGAAGGGAAUAAAGUAAAAUCUACUGCUACUGAACAGGUUAAUCUAACAUAUGAAGCGUCUAAAUCAAAAGUUGCAGCUAAAUCUCAAUUAUACAAUGAGUAUUUGGUACCCGAUGAAAACAUAGAUCCACAUCAUUUAUUAGACACAUUGAACAAGAAACCACACUAUGGAUCAGAUAAUGUUCUCAAUAAAAAUGAUGAUUCCAAUUCAAAUGAAAUAUCAGCAGCAGUUGAAAAAAUUAGUGACCGAUUAAAUGAGAUGCCUUCUAUCCCACAAAAGUCUUUUGGUCUGCUUACAACGAUUAAAUGUCAAAGUCCAAAACCGACAAACUCAAUCUCGAAGUCCUCUAUUUUCGGAGAUUUACGUGAACCUGUGAAUGACACUGAAUUAUCUUCCGCUUCUAUAUCAGUAUCCCCACUACAAGUAACAAAUUUAACAAAUAACGAACCGUCGUUAAUAAAUACUACUAAUCAAUCUCCGUUCAAUAACAGUUUUGUUGCUAAGGUUACUGAUGUUUCAAAUGAACCAGUCGACUGCACUUCAACAGCUAAAGGAACUUUUGUUGGCAAAUAUUUGGACUCAAAAUCUGGGGACUCACAACCUAAGGAAAUGAUUAUAAAUAAACGUUUACCUUAUCUAACUUUGAGUCAGACUAGCAGUUAUCCAUUUUUCUCACAUAAUCGAGGAGUUUAUCAAAACCCACCAAAAUCAGACCAGACAAACACGUAUAAUUCUUUAAAUGUUUCUUCAGGAACAGGAUUGUCUUCAUUAUCUCCAUUGUUAACCUAUAGUCAAACAAUUAGCAAACAAGAAAAUCCUCCCACCUUUCAACUUACAAAUACUUCAACAUCUCCAUCCACUCCUUUGCAGACAUGGACAUCACAAAUCAGUUUUAAUACAAACAACUCAUCGAAAGAUUCAAAAAGUCGACGAUAUUACCAGCCACCAAAUCAUCAUAGAAAGUCAACAUUUUCGUUGCAAUUCCCAAUGAAUAUCAGUCAUUCAGUUUAUCAACCGAUUUCAACUUCAUUAAGCAAUCACCAUCAUUGCCAUAAUCAUCAUCAUCUCUCUAUACUACAACCAAUAGGUAUUAUGCCUUCUCCAAAUAUUUUUGAUAUCCAUCAUGAUUAUUCACAUCCUGAACAAAAUGCAUCACGUAGUUCUAUUGGCCAAGUAAAUUUUUCUACACGUUCACCCUUGCAAAGUUUAUCUCAACAGAAUUUUUUAAAAAAGUCAUCUACAUCAACUCAUGCAACCAGUACAGGUAAACAGGACUAUACAUAUUCUUUUACUGGUAAUCAGCACUCAUUUACUCCACAAGUUUUACCAGCUUUUACAUGUUCUUCAUAUUCUACAAAUCAGUAUGGUACAAAUACAAAGCUUAGUCAUCAUAAUCAGUUUCCUAUAAAUAAGUUACGUAAUCCGGAUAAAUUUUGGCUUGGUAGCCUACCCAGAAGAUGAAUAGCAUUGUCACUUCACGAAAAUGUUUCCACACUUACGCAGGCGUAUUCUCUCUCAUGAGUACAUAUACAUUCCUAAUGUUGUAAGCAUCUCUCGGAUAUUUUUCACAUAUUUUGACUACUAAUAGACUCGAUCUUAACAUUAACAGGCUCAUAAAAUUUCUUUAUCGAGACUUCUUGUAUGAAUACCUUAAUACCUGUAGACAAUCAAGAAGAAUUUGAUUUCCCAUAAAUUCUAGAUGUUCUUUAAUCUUGUUAUUUAUAUUAAGCCGUAAUUUUAAUAAUUCUCCUAUGACAAAUUUUCUAUGAGCCAUUUUCAAAAGUUU